AUGAUUUUCUUGAUAUUUUUGAAGUGGUUCACGAGAAAACAAUGUUCAGAUACACAUUUUAUGGAUCGUUUGAAAGUUCACACCCCAUAUAAUCCUGCUAGAAUACUGAAUAACUUUUGCUCUUCUGGUUUUAAUCAUAAAAUUUCACAUAUUAAUUUUCCUGAUGCUGAAUUUUUAUCUUCAUCCGAUUACAGCUUUUUAAAUACGUCAAAAGUUAAAUUUAAUAUUCGGAAAUUAAGAAAACUUGAGUAUCAUAUAUCCAACAAAGGCAGUAAGACUUUUAAUUUUAAUAUUGAGUAUUGUACAGCAUUGGAAAACCUAAUCCUUGUGGGAUUACAUGAAGAAUUUACAUUUCCGAAAUCAUUUGUCUUUCCCAAGAACCUCAAAAUUAUUCCACCUAGCUCAUAUUCUACGGAUUUACAAUCACAAAAGUUAUUCAAUUCUCAAUGGGCUCAAAAAUUUGAAUACUUAUCGCUUGAAGCAUCAAGUUAUAUGUACUCAUCAAGUUAUAUGUACUCAAAUCCCAUUUCAAUGAUUGGUUUGGAUUUCCCAAACUUGAAAGAGUUCAAUGUGAGAAAUCAAAUAGCUUAUUGUAUCAAUUUCCAAAACUUUACAGCAGACUCACUAAAGAAAUUUUCAAUUUUUUCAUUAGACACUGAUGUUAUUAUUGAUGGUUUUAGGGCAAAAAAUAUUGAGAAUUUUACAAUCUCUGCAAAUUCUUGUAUCAUUGACAAUUUUGAAAAAAUUACUAAUCUGGAGGAUUUUAAAAUUAAUGUUAAAAAAAUGCCAAAAUUCACUUAUUAUGAAGAUAAGAAGAAAUUCAAAAACAACUGUUGGUCUUUUCUGAGAAUGGCUAAGAAAGGAUCAGUCACAGGAUACAAACAUAUUCUACGAGGGUUGGAAAUGGUUAAUUUAGAGCAAUUAGAACUGCUAAAAGUUAAGUGUGCCUCUCUAUCCUUAGAACCAGAUACAACUGCUCAAUUUCCAUCGUUGACAAGUCUUCAUAUAGACGGAUAUUGUGAUGGUACACUUGGAGUGAUUUCUGAAAAAACAGCACCUUUUAGAUUCAAUGCUCCCCAUCUCAAGUUCUUAAAGCUUGGAUGUAGAAUCUAUACACCCAACCUUCAUGAAUACAUCAGUCAAAACUUUCCUGAACUUGCUGAAUUAAUUAUUUCUUAUGAUCAAACUGUUGGAUAUAUAAGGCCUAAUCCUUUAACAAUUGCUAAUUCAGUUUUCAAAAAUCUUGAAACCUUAAAGCUUUCAAUUCCCGGACGUUCAAUAAUACUAUCAAGAUGUCGGUUUCCAAGACUGCAAACUUUGGAAUCGAUCAAUAACGGUGCUUUCAUUAAAAAACUAGAGUUCAAACAAGUUAAAGCACCAAAAUUGACAGAAUUAACCAUUAGAAAUUACAACAUUCUAUCAGUCGGACCAUUUACAAAUAGAAUCUACCCAAAAUUGAAAUCAAUCAAAAUAAAGAAUUGUAAAAUACCUACAGGAGUAAAGAUUGUACGUUUCAAAAUUCUGGAAAAUAUUGAUGUGGAUUGA